UUUUUUAUGCUUCACCAGUGAACAUACAUUCAGGGGGGAAGACAUCAAAACGGUACCAACAGGCAUGAAGUCGUAAUAAUAUAGAAGUAAUGAAUUACUUGUAGGUGGACUCGUUGCGAAGGCGGCGGACAUGGCAGCUGCUGUCUUACUCUUCAUUGCAGUGAACCUUGCCUGUUUGUCUGUCAGUGGAAACCUGGUCUCUGGGAAAAGAUCUUUCUCCAUAGACUACGAAAACAACUGUUUCCUCAAAGAUGGGAAACCUUUUCAGUACAUUUCAGGCAGCAUCCACUACUCCAGGAUCCCACGGUACUACUGGAAGGACCGGCUCCUGAAGAUGUACAUGACUGGUCUCAAUGCUAUCCAAGUAUAUGUGCCGUGGAACUUCCAUGAACAGAUACAGGAGGUCCACAACUUCACAGGGGACAGAGAUUUGGAGCAUUUCUUGGAUCUGGCCAAUCAGAUAGGUCUCCUGGUCAUCCUGCGUCCAGGACCAUACAUCUGUGCAGAAUGGGAAAUGGGUGGACUACCAGCGUGGCUUCUUCAGAAACCAAACAUCAUACUUCGCUCUGCUGACACAGAUUAUUUGCAGGCAGUCAGCAACUGGCUUGCUGUUCUCCUCCCCAAAAUGAAGCCAUGGCUCUAUAUCAAUGGGGGUAAUAUCAUUAGUGUCCAGGUGGAGAAUGAAUAUGGCAGCUACUACGCUUGUGACUACAACUACAUGCGUCACCUGCGGACUCUGUUCCGCUUCUUACUUGGUGAAGACGCAAUCCUUUUCACCACCGAUGGGAACACAGACAAGGAAAUGUCAUGCGGGUCUCUAGAGGGACUAUAUGCCACCUUAGACUUUGGCACAGACACCAACAUAACUGAAGCCUUCAGCCGGCAGAGGCGGUUCGAACCUCGAGGCCCCCUGGUGAACUCUGAGUUCUACACCGGCUGGUUGGACCACUGGGGAGAUCAGCAUGCCGUGGUUGAUGUUCAGAAGGUCAGCAGAGUGCUAGGAGAAAUGCUAACCAUGGGGGCCAACGUCAACAUGUACAUGUUUGAGGGCGGCACCAACUUUGGCUACUGGAAUGGUGCUGAUCAUGACACGAGGUUCCGCUCAGUAGUGACUAGUUAUGAUUACGACGCCCCGCUGUCUGAGGCGGGAGACCCCACAGAGAAGCUGUUGGCCAUCAGAGACGUCAUUAAGCAGUUUAGAGAUAUUCCCUCCGGACCCAUGCCACCAGCAACUCCCAAGUUUGCCUAUGGCUUUGUGACCCUGAAAAAGGUUGGUAACAUGAGUGGUCUGUUGAACACCCUUUCGCCUCUGGGGCCAGUGAAAUCUCAGUAUCCUCUGACAUUUGAAGAGAUGAAACAGUACUAUGGAUACAUGCUGUAUCGGACCACGCUCCCCCGGGACCUCUCAGAGCCCACGCCACUUAUCUCUCCACUGAAUGGGGUUCAUGACCGUGCAUAUGUGUCCAUCAAUGGGGUUUUUCAGGGCCUGUUGGAGAGAGACACAAUACUGGUGAUGAACAUCACUGGACAGCAGGGGGACACCGUGGACAUCCUUGUUGAGAACAUGGGCAGGGUUAACUUUGGCAGCAAGAUCAAUGACUACAAGGGCCUCCUGAGCAAUCUGAUCCUGGGUAAAGACGUACUGACUGACUGGCAGAUCUACCCUUUGGACAUUGAUGGAGCCAUUACUGGUGGAUGGCCUCAUGCUGACAGUCAGAAGUCCUUCCCUCACAAAAAACCUUCAGCUGGACCGACCUUCUACAUGGGGACAUUACAGCCCAACGGUUUGACAUGGGACACCUUUCUCAAGCUGAAUGAUUGGACAAAGGGUCAGGUUUGGAUUAAUGGUGUGAAUCUGGGGCGAUACUGGCCAGCCAGGGGCCCUCAACAGACUCUUUAUAUCCCAGGACCUUUGCUCAGCACCACCUUACCCAACAACAUCACAGUGCUGGAGCUGGAGGGGGCACCAGCGCACUUGCGAGUUGUCUUUAUGGACAGGCCUCAGCUCAAUGUCACUGCAGAAUAGUCUUAACAGAGUUUUGUAUCACAACAUUUUCUCAGCUUUCAGCUGCAGAAAUACUAUAUUCCAAACACUGUUUAAGCCAGUGUGUACAAGAAAUCAUUAGAUGGUUUUACAGCAGCAAAGCUGAAGUAUUCUCACCUGACAUGUGAGGAAAUUGCUCAGAAGAACAAUCACUUUAGAUUUCAGUGUUUCACAUGUAGCCAUUUCUCAAUCAGUCACAAUCCAGUGUAAACUGACAGUCAAACAAUGAUCCAACAAUGAGUUUUAAUAUUCACUGAGGCCUGUGACGCAUAAACAGUAAUAUUUUAAUGCAUUUGCUUUUUUACUUUUCCCAUUACUACAGGUGCUGUAAAUAAAUUAUAAAUAUAUUUAAUUAUGUUUUGAUACAGUAUAUGCAUCCAGUUGCCUAAGAUCAUCUGCCAUAAUAAGAUCAUAUAUGAAAUGUAUGUCCAGAGUUGAAAAUGACAUAGAGUUACUAGAGUCUUAACGGGGGCUACACAAAUUCACUUGUACUUUUCAUGAGGUAGCUUCCUUCCAAGUAAAAAUAU